CCAGGACCAGGUGAUCAUUCUUUCUGUCUGCAUUUCAGAUCUCAGGGAGACCUGGGUGCCAGUGAAUUUCCAGCCGCCUCUGGGCUGGUGGCCGACACCAGGAGUGUGCAGUGAGGACCACGAUGUCCAACCCCUUCCUGAAGCAGGUCUUCAACAAGGACAAGACCUUCCGCCCCAAGCGCAAGUUUGAGCCCGGCACCCAGCGGUUCGAGCUGCACAAGAAGGCACAGGCCUCACUGAACGCGGGGCUGGACCUGAAGCUGGCCGUGCAGCUGCCCAGCGGUGAGGAGCUCAACGACUGGGUGGCAGUGCACGUGGUGGACUUCUUCAAUCGUGUCAACCUCAUCUACGGCACCAUCAGCGAUGGCUGCACCGAGCAGUCCUGCCCCAUCAUGUCGGGAGGCCCCAAGUACGAGUACCGCUGGCAGGACGAGCACAAGUUCCGCAAGCCCACAGCACUGUCGGCCCCACGGUACAUGGACCUGCUCAUGGACUGGAUCGAGGUGCAGAUCAACAACGAGGACAUCUUUCCCACCAACGUUGGCACGCCGUUCCCCAAGAACUUCUUGCAGGUGGUGAAGAAGAUACUGUCCAGGCUGUUCCGCGUGUUCGUGCACGUCUACAUCCACCACUUCGACCGCAUCGCGCAGAUGGGCUCCGAGGCGCACGUCAACACCUGCUACAAGCACUUCUACUACUUCGUCAAGGAGUUCGGGCUCAUAGACACCAAGGAGCUGGAGCCCCUGAAAGAAAUGACCGCACGGAUGUGCCACUGAGCCCCUGGGCCCCGCUGUCACCGACGCAGUGCCAGGGACACUCGACUUGAAGGCCACCUGCCCGAACGCGGACUGUUUCCGCCCUGGCAGCUCAGUGACCCCCACAGUUGUCAGGUGGUGACCUCUGUGCCCCCAAUGCUGCACUGGACACCGGGGUCGAGUCCCCUCUCUGAUUCUGAGAUGACAGCAGCUGUGGGUCCAUGCACCACGGGCCCAGCCUCCCAGAGCCCCAUGGGGGGAGCUUGAACUUGAACUCUGUGAUUCUGUAUGCUGUGAGCAACUGGGAAAAUCCACUUUCUCUCUGAAGCACUUGGAUCUGCCUGGAGGCUGGAACUCUGCUUGCCCUUCACAGGCCUGUCCCGUAAUGCCCCGAGCAUGCUCGGCCAGGAGAGGA